GGUAGAGUAAUGGCGGCCUUCUUUGCGCUGGUCAGACCGGGAGAAAACUCAUCAUAGUAACAACCAAACCGCAAGCAGGACCUGGCAUGGAGGAGCGGCUCAGCUGACCGGGACGAGCGCGGAUCGCCGUGCGCCGCCUUCUGCCUCGAGUUCACCACCGGAUCUACAAAGGACCCGAGAAAAAAGAGAAAAGGAAGAGGGAAGUGAAGGAAGCUAACGCUAACAGCUAGCUGCUAGCAGUCUGUCAACACGGCUGUCACAACGCCGAAGAACCCGGGCUAAGACACCCGAAGAACCCGGGGAAGAGGCGCGAGGAACCCGGGCUAACACACCCGACGAACCCGGAACCAGGGAUAACACACCCAACGAACACGGGGAAGAGGCGCGAGGAACCCGGGAUAACACACCCGAAGAACCUGGGGAAGUGGCGUGAGGGAUCUGAGUGUCUGCGACCACCGAGGCCGGUGCGGGGUCAGUGGAGCUGAAGGUCGCAGAGCCGGUUCCUGGCCGUUGCUCAUGAUGAGCGGUCCGGGACAGGACAGUGAGCCAGAGGCCAAGGUUCUGCUCAUCAAGCGGCUCUACAGAGCCGUGGUGGAGUCUGUUCAUAGGCUGGAUGUCAUCAUCAGCAGCAAGUCGUCCUACAGAGAAGUCUUCAAGCCGGAGAACAUCAGCCUUCGGAACAAGCUGAGGGAGCUGUGUGUGAAGCUGAUGUUCCUCCACCCUGUGGACUACGGCCGCAAGGCGGAGGAGCUGCUGUGGAGGAAGGUUUACUACGAGGUGAUCCAGGUGAUCAAGACCAAUAAGAAGCACAUCCACAGCCGCAGCGCUCUGGAGUGCGCCUACCGGACACACCUGAUCGCCGGCGUGGGAUUCUACCAGCACCUGCUGCUCUACAUCCAGUCCCACUACCAGCUGCAGCUGCAGGACUGCAUGGACUGGACCCACGUCACGGACCCCCUGAUCGGCCGAAAGAAACCUGUGUCAGCGAGCCCGAAGGAGAUGGAGUGGGCUCAGGUGGCCUGUCACCGCUGCCUGGUUUACCUGGGAGACCUGGCUCGAUACCAGAACGAGCUCGCCGGCGUGGAGGCGGAGCAUCUGGCCGAGAGGUUUUACCACCAGGCUCUGUCCGUUGUGCCUCACGGAGGAAUGCCUUAUAACCAGCUGGGAACGCUGGCAGGAAGCAAAUUCUACAAUGUGGAAGCCACAUACUACUACCUGCGCUGCAUCCAAUCAGAUGCUCCAUUUGAGGGCGCCUACGGAAACCUGAAGCGGCUGUUUGACAAAGCGGCCAAAAUGUACCAGCAGGUCAAGAAGCAGGAGAUGAAGAAGCUGUCUCCAUCCAGACACAGGUCCAGGGUCAUCAAGCGCCUCCUGGUGAGCUUCAUGUACCUGCAGAGUCUGCUGCAGCCUAAAAGCAGCCUGAUGGAGACGGAGCUCACGUCGCUCUGCCAGGCGGUGCUGGAUGACUUCAACCUGGUGCUUUUCUACCUGCCGCCGCCGCCCGGCGCUCUGCCGCCGCCGCCCGGCGACGAGGACGAGGAGCAGCCACAGCACGCCGACGUCUCCUGCGGCGUGCUGCCCGACACGCUGGUCUUCAAGAUGGUGGUGACCUGUCUGAUGGUGGUGCACAGCCUGAAGAGAGGAGGGUCUAAGCAGUACAGUACCUCCAUAGCGUUCACUCUGGCUCUGUUCUCUGAGCUGGUGAACCACGUCAACAUCAGGCUGCAGGCUGAGCUGGAGGAGGCGGAGAGCCAGGUCCCUCCUCUUCAAACCGACGCUGCAGAUGAGCUGGACAUUAGGGACUUGUCCUCGGCGCCGGCUGACGCCCCCCCUCCCCUGCAGAAUGGCUCCCUGGAACAGGAGGACGAGGAAGACAAGGACGACGACGAGACAACCCACGGUGCCGAGAAGGCAGGACGACCGGAGGAGGACAAGCAGAAGAAGAAGUACAGCCGUCUUUCUCGGCUCCGCCGCCGGCGCUGUGCGCGGAGUGCUGUCCGGGGGGGGGACGAGAGCGACCUCAGCGAAGGCUUCGAGAGCGAGGAGGAGGAGGAGGAGGAGGAGGAGGAGGAAGAGGAGCAGGGGACGGGGGCGGUUCACUCCGACGCCCCUCCAGCUCCAGCUCAGCUCCAACCUGCAGCUGGCCGGACGGAGGCGCUGGUGGAGGGCGGCCACUGGGGGAGUGGCUCCGAGGAGGAGGAGGGGGGGACGGCCUUCGACGUGGAGACGGACUCAGACAUGAACAGCCAGGAGUCCCGCUCCGACCUGGAGGACAUGGAGGACACGGACCACCUGGAGGGCCCGGUCCGGGAGCAGCAGCAGGACGAGGAGAGAGAGGAGGAGGGGGUCGGGGACGGGGACGACCCCCCCGCCACCAACGGGCCCCUCCUGCCACCAGACUCCAGCAGCAUCAGUAGCAACCUGCAGGCCGUGUCGUCGCAGCUCUUCCAGGCCAAACGCUGCUUCCGCCUGGCCCCCACCUUCAGCAACAUGCUGCUCCGGCCUCCACCCUCCUCCACCUCCUCAGGGAUCCCCACACCCACAGACUGCUCCGCUCCCCCCUCCCAGGAGACCCCUCCUCCGCCCGGGGACUCCACCUCUGACCGCAUUGUUAUUGUUGGCACUGCCAACGGCAACACGCAGAACGACUUGGACUCAGACUCAGACAUCAGUCAUCACAGCUGUCAUUCAGUCCAUAGUGAGAAAACUCUCUUGGAGAAGCUGGAGAUUCUGACCAAUCAGGGCUUAAUCCAGGUGGUCAAGAUCUUUGUUGAUUGGCUGAGAACAAACACCGACAUCAUCCUGAUGUGUGCUCAGAGCUCUCAGUCUCUCUGGGACCGACUGUCGGUGCUGCUCAACCUGCUCCCAGACGGCAGCAAGAUGCUGGAGGCCGAUCUGGAUCUGGACUCUCAGCUGACCCACCUGCUGACGGAGUGUGAGAAUCCUGCUCUGGUUCAGACUCUGCUGCUGCCUGAGGAUCUGGCUCUCAGACACCUCCCUGCUCUGAACACGGCCCACCGCCGGCUGGACUUCACCCAGAGGACCCGCCCCCUCAGCCCCCUGCAGGAGUGUGUAGUUCGAGUGUCUUGUAUCCGUAGUUUCGGUCACUUCCUGUCGAAUCUCCAAGGCAACGUGCUGCGGUUCAACAGGGAGGCGGGAAUCUUCACCAGCAUCAGCCAAUCAGAGCCGGAGAAUCUGGUGCAGCAGGCCAAGGCUCAGUUCAGGAUGGCUGAGGAGGAGGCCCGUCAGAACCGCCUCAUGAGGGACAUGGCUCAGCUCCGCCUGCAGCUGGAGGUGUCUCAGUUAGAGGGUAGUCUCCAGCACCCCAAGGCUCAGUCCUCCAUGUCUCCGUACCUCGUCCCCGACUGCUCCGCCUUCUGUCAACACCUGAGUCUCAUCAGACAGCUGUCAGCCAGCGGCUGCUUCAUCAUCAUCGUCCCCCGGACAGUGAUUGACGGACUGGACCGGUUAAAGAAGGAGAACCCCGGAGCGAGGGAUGGGAUCCGUUUCCUAGAAUCUGAGUUCCGUAAAGGCAACAGGUACAUCCGCUGUCAGAAGGAGUCCGGGCGCAGCCUUGAGCGAGACAAAGUGAAACGGCAGGACAUCGAAGCCUGGCACCUGUUCAAGAUGGUGGACAGCUGCCGCCAGCUGACUGUCUCCCAGAGCAAUGGGGACGAGGACACCGCCGGCAUGGUGACCAUCCUGACGGGUCAGCAGCUGGAGGAGCUCUGCACUCGCUCAGCGGCCAUGAAGGCGGCGCUGGCGGCUGCUGGAUCGGCGGGAAUGGAGCUGAAGAACAUGGUGGAAUUCUACCGGCAGUGGAAGGAGAUGGGCUGAGAGGAAGAGGAGGAGGAGGAAGAGCUGUCACCACUCUCUCUCUCUCUUCUUUCUCUCUCUCUCUCUCUCUCUCUCUCCCCCUCUCCUGCUCUCUCUUGCUAUCGCUCGCUUUCGCACUCUCUCUCUCUCCCU